GAGUGUAAGUGUAAUUAACAAGAAAAAGCAAUGGCUUCUAACUCCUCUCUCAUUUGUUUUAGCCUUUGUUUCCUCUUUCUUUUCCAUGGUACUUUUGCUCAGAUCUUUGAGCACCAGCAAGUUUGGCAGAGGAUGCAACAGCAGCAGCAACAUCGGGCGCUCAGAUCCAGAACUGAGUGUCGGAUUGAGCGCCUGAAUGCUCAGGAACCUACUCGUAGGUUCGAGUCUGAGGCUGGUGUAACUGAGUUCUGGGAUCAUACUCAGGAGCAAUUUGAGUGUGCCGGAGUUCAAGCCGUCAGGCAUGAAAUCCGACGAAACGGACUUUUGUUGCCUUACUACAGCAACACUCCCCAGCUCAUCUACAUAAUUCAAGGAAGUGGAGUGCAUUCGACUGUGUUCCCGGGUUGUGCUGAGACAUUCGAGACAGAGUCAGCACAAUCCAGGAGGGGAGAAAGGGGAGAAAGAGGAGAAGCUGGACAGAGAUUCAAUGAUCGUCACCAGAAAGUUAGACGUUUUAGAGCUGGUGAUAUUCUUGCUUUACCUGCUGGUGUUACUCAUUGGACUUACAAUGAUGGUGAAGAACCAAUUAUUAGUGUCUCUCUUAUUGACACUUCCAACCAGGCCAAUCAACUUGAUCUCACCUUCAGGAAAUUCUUCCUUGCUGGAAAUCCUCAACGUGGUGUACAACAACAAAUGUUAGGAAGACAACAAGAGGGAGCUGGCCUAGGAAGAAGAGGUGAACAAGAGAGAGGAGGCAACAUCUUGAGCGGAUUCGACGCGCAGCUUUUGUCCGAUGCUUUCAACGUCGAUCCUGAAAUAAUUAGGAGAUUACAAGAACAAGCCCCCGAAAGGGGAGUCAUCGUCCGGGCGGAGAACCUUCGGUUUCUCCAACCCGAAGAAUCAGAAGAAGAACAACAACAACAAUGGCAACAAGGUAGAAGAGGAGGAAGUUGGCCUUUGAAUGGAUUGGAAGAAACUUUUUGCACAAUGAAGUUGAGGGAAAACAUUGGCCAUCCUACUAGAGCUGACGUGUACAAUCCACGUGGCGGUCGCAUUAGCACGGUCAACGGUUUGACUCUCCCUAUCCUCAACUUUCUCCAACUCAGUGCUGAAAGAGGAACCCUCUACCGGAAUGCUAUAGUGGCACCACACUGGAACAUGAACGCACACGCAAUCAUCUACAUUAUCCGAGGAAGCGGCCGAAUUCAGGUGGUAGGAAAUGCCGGGCGAUCCGUGUUCAACGACGAGGUAAGGCAGGGUCAGCUACUCGUCGUGCCUCAAAACUUCGCGUUGGUGAAGAGGGCAGGAGAACAAGGGCUCGAGUACAUCACGUUCAAGACCAACGAUAACGCCAUGACCAGCCCGUUAGCCGGGAGGUUGUCCGCCAUCCGAGCCAUGCCCGAGGAAGUUCUGAUGAACUCGUACCAGAUUUCGAGACAAGAGGCAAGGAGUUUGAAGUAUAAUAGGGAUGAGUUGAAUGUUUUUGGACCAGGUGCUAGAUCUGGUAGGCAACAAUAUGCCUAAGAAAUGUAAAAUCAAAUGUAAUGCAAUGUACUCAAAUCCUAUGUUUUAUGCUAUGUGAAGUAAUAUUAGGAUUUGUAAUGUUGAGAGAAUAAAAAAUGCCUCUAGAAUCUUGGCUUUUAAGUACUUUGUAAGCGGGAAUUCUGGCGUUUAAUCUUGAGUGAAUAAAAUGUACUGACCUUUUAGUUUAUA